CGGAGCACUGGAUCCUGGGGUUAUGGGGCUGGAUGCAGUGGGGCUGAGGGCUUCGUGCUGUUGGUACAGGCAGACUUUGCGUGCUGGGGUUGGGGGCCACAGAGCGGCUUUGCCUCUGUGCUGUGGGUGCUGGGUGCCACAGGAGGGUGCCACUGGGCUGCGUGGCUCUGGCAGGAGCAGUGCCUGCGGUAGGGCCGAGGCUGAGGUCCCUCCCUGGGCUGAGCUGUUGCCUGCGGUCCUGGCGGUGCCGGUGGUUGCUCAGUGCCCCACUGGGACGUGGGGAGGGCCGAGGGCUGGAGCCCCCAGUGCUGACUGGGCCAAGCAGGGUGCCUGGCUCUGCUGGAGCCUCCCCCUGCGGCUGUGCUGCUGCCUGCAGGCAGGUGCCUGGGGACAGAGCCGGGUCCUGCCCUGGGACUGGCUUCCUCUCUGUGGGCUCCCUGCUCAGCGGCUGCUGUAGGGUUGGAAGCUCUCGGAGGGGCAGGAGGGAUCUGCUGCUGCUGCAGCACGUUCUGUUGUCACACUGACAGCACAGGGACAUGUGCCACCCAAACACUGCACAGCAGGAGGCUGUUGCUCUGCUUUUCACCUGAUGUGCUUCAGAGUCAAGGGGAAACACGGGGAAGGGGGUGGCACUGGGGUUUGCAUAUCCCACCUCUCCCUUACCAGGGCACAGGAAACCUGGGCAGGAGCCAUACCUGUGACCUGCGGUGGGCUGCUGGGUCUGGUGUCCUUGUGUCCGGCUGAUCCCAGGCUUGGGUCAGCCCCACGUGUGACUGGCAGGGCAGAGAGGAGCCCUUGGCUCCUUUGGACAGCCCAUCUGAAUGCUGCAGCUCCCUGAGGCCUGUGCAGUGGAUGUGGCAGCACUGGGAGCUGAUCCCCGCUGGGAGGACUCCGCGGUGUGGCACCACUGCCUGGCACUGUGCCGAGGUGAACACUUGGCCCAGGUUCAGAACGUGCCUUGGCAGGACCCCGGGGCAGCCUCGCUGCUUAAUAUUGAUGGGCAGUGCCUGCCUGGAGGCCUGGGGGCCCCGGCCCUGCGGAUCACUUUCCCUGCUUAUGGACUGGAUCGGGUUCCUCCUCAUUCCCAGUGCAGUUCUUGGGUGGGACGAGGGGCUCCGCAGGCAGGGGAGCCCUGCACAGCAUCACCUUGGCCUGGGGCUGCCUUUUGCUGGUACAUUGCCCAAGGUAGAUGGGGAAGGAGAAGGCACUGGGACUCUCAGUGGGGCAGGGUGACCUCUGCAGGUUGAUCCAGAGGCUAUGGAGCAUCAUCCAGGCUCUGCAUUUUGGAGAUGAGGAGGGGGACUAGAAGAGAUAGAGUAAUAUUGGUCCAGCUUUUCCACAUACUUCUUGUGUGGGUUCCCCCAUUCCUGACCUGUUGGGAAGGGUUGGGUCUGGGAUCAUCCCUGGAACUGGCCCAGCAUCAUGGAUGUUCUGGUGCCUUCUCUGGUUUCCUCUGAGUCAGACUCUCCGUGUCGCUCCCCCGGCCCCCUCCCCGCUGGGAAAGAUGAGAUGAGACCAGGGAGCACCUGAGCCCAGACACCGAGGGGCCUGUGCCCCCUGCUCUGUGCGCAGGGCACGGCUGUCCCAGCCACAGCAGCCUCACAGUGUCCAGGAGCCCGGGCUUGGCUCCCCGUGCCGGGUGAAGGACAGGCCCCUGCUGUGCUGUGCGGCUGCACCAGCCCAUCCGGAGGGGCAGCAGGGCCUGCUCACUGGAGCUGUCCCCGCAGGUGUGGUGUGGCAGGGAUGAGGAGCCGGCAGCGGGUGUUUGCGGCGGCGAUGCGCCUCCUGCUGCGGUGCCUGCGGCUGGGCCGGCGGCGGCGGUGCACACUGGUGCGGCAGGCAGAGCAGCUCUGGCACUAUGGGCACCUCUGCCUCCGCUCCCUGCUCUACAACUCCUUCACCAACGGCGAUGUGGUGCUCGACUCCCUCUUUGAGCCCAUCUACUGGCUGGUGGACCAUGUCACCCGGUGGUUCGGCGUGGUGUUUGUGGCACUGGUGAUCGGGCUCACGAGCUCCGUCGUGGCCAUCGUGUAUAUCUGCCUCCUGCCCCUCAUCCUGCAGACCUACACCCCUGCCUGGAUCUGCUGGCACCUCGCCUACGGACACUGGAACCUCAUCAUGAUCGUCUUCCACUACUACAUGGCCAUCACCACCUCACCUGGGCACCCACCACAGGCCAAGGAUGAUCUCACCGGCGUCUCCAUCUGCAGGAAAUGCAUUGCUCCCAAGCCUGCUCGCACCCACCACUGCAGCAUCUGCAACAGGUGUGUGCUGAAGAUGGACCACCACUGCCCCUGGCUGAACAACUGUGUGGGACACUACAACCACCGCUACUUCUUCUCCUUUUGCCUGUUCAUGACCAUGGGCUGCAUCUACUGCAGCAUCAGUGGCUGGGAGAUGUUCCGGGAUGCCUAUGCAGCCAUUGAGAGAAUGAAACUGCUUGAGAAGGAGAGACUGCAGGUGGCUGCCAACCAGACAUACUACCAGACCCCACCACCCACCUUCUCCUUCCGCCAGCGAGCUUUCCACAAGAGCGUGGUCUAUGUCUGGGUCCUGUGCAGGCGUGGAGAUGUGCUGACCCUCCUAUGCAGCUGUGGGUGCAGGGAGGCAGCCUCAGCCCUGUGGCACCAGGGAGGGGAAGCUUGUGUGCAGCCUGCUGUCCCUUGCCAUCCCCAGCUCGGUGGCGUUGGCCUUGGGUGCCCUGACGCUGUGGCACGCUGCUCUCAUCACCCGUGGGGAAACCAGCAUCGAGCGGCACAUCAACAAGAAGGAGAGGCAGAGGCUACAGAAGAAGGGCAAGCUCUUCAGGAACCCCUACAGUUAUGGCAGCUGGGAUAACUGGAAGGUGUUCCUGGGUGUGGAUGUGCCAAGGCACUGGCUCACCCGUGUCCUGCUGCCCUCUCCUCACCUGCCCCAUGGGACAGGCCUGAGCUGGGACCUGCCUCCCUGCGUGGCCAAGCAUCGCACACCACUCCUGUCCAUCUGAGGCCUGAGUGCUGCAGAUGUCCCUCCCUGCAGGCAGGGGAGCACACAGGGGACCCAUGCAGCUCCCUUGGAUCUGAGCAUGGGGUGGAAGGUGGGUGCCAGCACACAUUGCUCACUGGAGCCACAGCAAAUCCUGGACAAUGCUGGUGCACAGGUGCUGCUCUCAGGGCUCCCUGGUGGCUGCAGGCAGCCCAGGAAAGGCAGCAGGGCUGCUGCUCCCUGCUCCAGCUGACGGGGCUGCCCUCAGAGCCCAGGUACAGGCCAGCACAUGGCACAGCUCGGCUCUCCGGCAGGGCUGGGCAUGGAGGAUGCACCCCUGGCUCUGAGCACUUCACGGAAGCCUUUUUAAGACCAUCCAAUAAAUACUGUUUUUUUUUAAA